AUGUAUUCCUUUACCGUUAUUAUUGCCUAUGUUCUUGUUCUGUUUCCUUCUCGAGAUGCUGUCUUUACAUUAUUGUAUGGAUACAGCAGUACUACCUGUGAUUAUUUUGAUGCUGCUAUAUCGACCAAGGAUAACCUGAUAGCAAGCUUUUUGUUGUCCACGCUUAGCCUGUUAUUGGCCUUGAAGGCCUCCGGGAUUGUGUUUAUUAUCGCGUUGUUGGGAGGUCUUUGUAGUAGUACCCUUUGUUUUAUAUAUCCUGCCACUUUCCGUAUUCGAUUACAUGCGUUGGGUAUUGCUCCGGCAUCAUCAUGGGAACUCUUUAUAGCUUUCGUCAUGUUGGGUCUUGGUUUUAUCGGUGGGGUGAUGGGUAGUGUGGUGAUGUUCACAGGGAUGAGCUAA